AUGUCGGAACUGGUGGACCCUUUAGAUUAUGAUCCAGCAAAUGGAGUUGGAGGAGGAGGGAUUACAACUGAUGCAAUUGAAAAAGUUCAAAGUAGGAGGCACGAGGAAGAUGAAAAAGAGUUACCUUACGAAGAAAGUUUAACAUGGCCUCAAAGAUUCAAGGAGUAUAUCUUAGUUGCUCCAAAGUUUGCUAAAGCUUACAUUACAGUAUUUGUUAUAUUCAUGGGGCUAUUGAGUUUAUAUUGGGGGCUGAUGUAUAGAAGAUUUGACAGAUAUAAAAAUAUGGAUUAUUUGGUGAUUAGUCAAGAUGAGUCUUUCCAAUUUGAAGGUCAACUUAUAAAUCCUUCGGUUAAUGAUGCAUUUAUGGAGAUGUUGAAUAACGAGCCGAUUAGUAAUCUCGGGAAAUAUCAUGUUAGGAAUAUUACAGAGUUUAAAGAAUUAGCGAUUAAACACAAUAACACAGUAUUAGAAGAAGUAAUAAGACAAGUUCAUCAUCAAAAAUAUUGGGCAGGGGUUUAUAUAGCUCCAAAUACUACUUAUAAUCUUUAUUCUAGUUUUCAUCAAGGUAUACCUUUCGUCAAAGUUAACGAGUCAGUUUCAUUAAUAUAUGAAACUGGAAGACAUUAUUCAGGGUUAUCACAGUAUAUAUUUAGAAAUAUGGACGCCAUGAAUGAAGAAUGGGUUAGAUUUUAUGUUUCAGACGUUUAUCAAACUAUACUUUCAUCAUUAAAUUCAACUGAGAAACAAAACUUAGCAUCUAAUAUUAGCAUACUUACAACAUAUCCAACAUUUAAUUUUAUGGAUCAAAGACCAGCGUCAACGCCAGCAUCAUUAGGGCCAUCGGAAUUAGGAUUGGUGUAUGCUUUGCUUUUUUCAUUUCAUCAAUUUAAUUUUUCCUUAGAGAUUUAUUCAUUUAUGAGGAAAAGAAUAAAAUAUAGAUCAUAUCUAUUUUAUAGAUUUUUGGCAUCACAGAUCAAUGCCUUAGUUUUAGCAUUAGUUUAUGCUUUAGUUACAAUAGCAUUCCAAGUGCCCACAAAUGUUACAUUUGGUCAUUCAGGAUUUGUCGUAUUAUGGAUGUUUAUUUUCCUAUAUAUGAGUUCCAUGGGGACAAUUAAUGAAAAUGUUGUAUCGGUUUUAUUUGCAUUUGAUAAAAAGACAUUGAUUGCACCUUGGAUGAUUUUCAUGAUUGUUACUAAUAUAUCAGUUACAUUCGCACCUUUUGUAUUAAGUCCAGGAUUUUAUAAAUAUGGAUAUGCAUCUCCAAUGUACAAUACAUAUGAAGCUUUAAAAGUUGUAUUUUAUAAUACCUGGAAAGGGCAUCUUGGUAGGAACUUAGGUAUAUUGGUUUGCUGGAUUGUUGUAGGUAAUAUUUCAUUAAUAUUUGUAUCUAAUUGGGCAACUAAUAAAGCUAAAAGACUAGCGAAAAAGCAAAAGACAGGUUGA